AUGGGUUCCAUUGGAGCACGAGCUCAAAGAGACCUCGAAAGGUUCCGACCGUCUGAGCUCGCGCUUCUGCUGGAGUAUUUGCCAUUUCGCAACUUGAUGAUAGCGCGCAUGACGAACAGAUUGUUUAGGGAAGCAUGCAGAUACAUCUACAAGAUUGAUCUCGGGGAAAUAUCCGCACUGUGGAGCGGCAGAAAAAUUUGUGAUAAUCUCUUGCCUAUUUUUGCUGGGCCACUGGUGAUCUCUGGCAUGAAAUUUGGAAGAAGCUUGAAUUCCAAGAAAUUGAUCAAGUUAUCCAAUGAAGGAAUUCUGAGGCUGAAAUCCUUGUCGUGGGGGUUUCCUUAUCGGAUAUUCAGAGCUGGACUUAGUGGGCACGACUUCCCUCCGUGCAUCGGGAGUCUUAAAGAUAUUUGCGGUUUGGCUGCCUUGUUUGCAGAGUCCCUGGUCCUGACUGAACAUCAGAACAUGUCUACCGCAACAAGUCUACAGACCCUGACACUUCGAGGCUGUAAGAUUGGUCCCUCGGGAGCUCGAGCUCUUGCUGUUGGCAUGGAGGCUGGAUGCAGCAUAACGAGCCUGGACCUAGGGGACAACUCGAUCGGUACAGAAGGCUGCACAGCUCUUUCAUUUCCUCUAAAAGCUACCAGCAAAUGCGCGAUCAAAUAUUUGAACCUUUCAUCUAACGAGAUUCGAAAUGAUGGCUUGAGCGCUUUGUCUCCGGGUCUCCUCACCAACACCUCGCUUGUCUGCCUUCGUCUUGCCAUGAACUACAUCCGUCCUCAAGGAGCGAUGAUCCUGACUGAAUUCCUCGAUCAAUGCACGGCGCUAAGGGAGCUAGAGCUCGGAUACAACUUGAUCCGUUGCCACGGGUGCUCCCUCCUGUCAGCGGCACUGACGAGGAUGAAUUCGCUCACCCACCUUGGCCUGAGGAGGAACGAAGUUGCUGCUGAGGUGACGAGGCCGUGCGUACUGGAAGUUCAGGGUGCGACCAGCAUUUCCCGCAGCCUGUGGAAGAACACUUGCUUGCAGUCGCUUGAUCUAGGCCUGAACUCGAUUGGGAUGGGAGGAGCGCAGAAUUUCGGAUGGGCUCUUGGGUACAACAGCACGUUGCAGUCCCUCAGGCUGGACUGGAACGAUCUCAGAGGCAACAGCAUCCUCCUAAUGCCUGCCUCCACAAGGGGAGAAGGCUUCAGACUGAGCGAGCUAGACCUGAGCUGCAACAAGCUCUCGAACGAUGGCGCGUCGAACUUGUCAGAGGCUCUGCUGAACUUGAACUGGGGAAGUAAGAAGCAGGUCCUUCACAUCAGAGGGAACGCCGUCGGGAUGGUGGGGCUACGUUCUCUGCUGCCUGUUCUUGAGCCAGACGAAGAAGGCGCUCUUGACUUGUCUGACAAUGACAUUGGCGAUGAGGGAUGCAAGAUAUUCGCACGGGACAGGCCGAACCUUCUGCUGGGGCUGCGGAGAUUGAAUCUGAGCGGGAACCGCAUCACCUCUGCCGGCCUUUUCGACCUUGCAAAAGCUCUGAGGACAAGCACAACGCUGGAGGAGAUCAAUCUUUCUCGAAAUCAGAUCACAGUGCUACCAAACUUGCUAGCUUGUCCUCCACGCCUUCAACGCAUCCUCGUCUUCAACAAUGAUACGCUACAGCUUCCUCCCCCCGAGAUUGUUCGGUUGGGCCCUGCUGCAAUCGUCGCCUACCUCCAGCGAGGGCUUGCACAGGAGCGAUUCAACCUCUGUGACUGCUGCAGCAGGACCAUCUGCAUGAAACGGAAGUGGAUGGAGCGAAAGUUGGAUGAAGAGGAACAGGAGGGAAGGCAGCAGCAAGAGGAAGGGAUGGAGGAGGAAGCGGAGGAGGGGGAGGAGGGGGAGGAGGUACAGCAGCAGCGUUUGAGUCUCAUGGAGGAACCUGAGGAUUCAGAUUGA